UCGUCCCUCACAACAUCACAACUCUAGGAUCUUCCAGUCUCAGUACUAGAAUUCCAUACACAGCAUAAUACGGGAUCUUCACGUCUUUAUUUAAACUCUUAUUACUACAAGGAAGGACCAUUUUCAUCAUUGUGAUAUAUCAGCCAUACUCAAGAACAAGGAUGAAGGCCCCCAUCAUCAUGUUGUGUCUGAUUGGAGCAGCUGUUGCCAACCCAAUCUUCAACCUUCUCUCAUUGGACUCAAACAGCGGAGAAAACAACUCAACCAUGAGUUUGUCUGAUUCCCAUUCAUCUGAAAAUAACACUUCAUCAGUGGAGCAGAGUUCAGAGUCGUCUGAAUCAUUAGAAUCCAACUCUGAGGACAAGACUUCUGAAGAAUCCGAAAGCCACUCACUUGAGGACCCGAUCGCCCUUAUUGAUGAAACUAGAGACAACAACAGUGAAGAGGACAGGAACGUAAGAAAGAGUUGGCUGUCAGUGUUCGCCAGUGUCGUCCACUCGAGGAGUGGUGAGGACAGCAGCAAAGAGGCCACGGGUCAGCUGGUGACGCCGCCGCCCCAGACCUCCGUCGUCCCCAUCCUCCCCUCAAACCAGCCGGGCAGCACCAUAGCCCCGGUCAACAAAAACCUGAUGGUGCCGGAUGUGAGCCCGACAGCAGCCGGGGACAGCAGCGAGUCCUCAGAGGGCCCAGAUAACACCAACAGCACCAACCUUCUCGUCGGUGUAACGGAGGCCCACAACAGUAGCGAGAGCAGCAGCAGCAGCGAAAGCAGCGAGUCGAGCCAAAGCAGGUCUAGCGAAAGCAGCGAGUCGAGCGAGAGCAGCUCGAGCGAAAGCAAGGAGUCGAGCCAGAGCAGCUCGAGCGAAAGCAUGGAGUCGAGCCAAAGCAUCUUGAGCCUAAAUAGCUCGAGCCUAAGCAAGUCCAUUCAAAGUAAUUCGAGCGAAAGCAACGAGUCAAGCGAAAGCAGCGAGUCCAGCCAGAGCAAGGUGUCUAGUGAAAGCAGAGAGUCCAACGAGACGAUCAGUGCGGCCAGCGACAGCUCAGAAGACAGCCAGAGCAGCGACAGCAGCACCAACAAGAAGCAGAUCCAAUCCAAAGACUGCUCGCAGGGAGCGAAGGGAGACGAGUGCGAGAGUGAAGAAGAGUACUUCUUCCAAGACAUAGGAGACGAUGCCCAGUAUCCACUGGAACAUCUUAUGGCACUCAAAGAUAACCACUUGUUGGAGCUCAGCUGGCGGAGAUGAUGACGCAUGGGCUCCGUUUAAGCCAACAGUCCCUUGGUUUACGAAUGAUCUACUGUUGCACACGUGCCCCAGACUUUUUCCACUACUGUGUUUAUGCCUGUGUUAUCCUCAUAUACUUUAGCAUUGGCACAACGAGAUUGGGGAUUUCUUUAUUGUGUUGAGCAGUUGUAUGGAUGUUUUAAAUAUUACUAUACUGUGUUUUUACUGCAAAUGAUGUAUCCUAAAGUUUAAUUAAAAUAUUUUCAUACGCAA